GCGGGGAUCCCGGGGCGAGUGUCAGGCCGGGUGGGGAAGGCGAAAUUCAAGGGGAGGCAGACUUGGGAUCGCUUGGCAUAUUUACCUCCGCCGAGGAGUCACCCAGCUGCUGCUGCUUUCUGCCCUGCCGCUGUCCUCCUUCCAGUAAGCAGAAUUUGCCAUUAGGACGCUUUAAGCCAGAGGCUGGAGGACAUUCUCUCCCUGUCUGCAAGUGGAGCUGCCAGUGAUCUAAUCAAUGAAGGACUCUCUCCCAAGGUGGCUGGGCUUCAGUUUGAGCUCUGACACUUCUCCAUUGCCCAAUGUGGCCGACUAAUCCACGUGGGAAUUUUUCUGUGAAGGGGGAGAAGCCCAGCCCAGUCUGUUUAUAAAUUCUCUUGCUGGAUGAGCAGACAGGUCCCUAAGAGGUACUGUGAGUGAUGGAGCAACAAAGAAGCUGCUGGACAUGUGCUCGGAAUCAUUGAUGGACACUCUCAGGAUUAUAGGCUCCUUAUUCCAGAGAGGCUGCAACUGAAGGCAUGCUGGCACGCUGUUGGGAUGGAAAAGGCAGCAAUGGCACUGUUUUGAACAUGGCAGUGCCUCUGUUUAGGAACUGAUAGUUGAGCCCAAGUCAGGCUUACUUUCAGAAUGUUCUUGACAGGAGUAACAAAGCACCAGCGCCCCUGUUCUCUUGGGGGACAGAAGCCAGAAAAGCAAGACGAGAGUUUAAAGUCGAAAAGUCUGCCGGUCCUGAAUGGAUCUUCUUUUCGAAUUAACAUCACACAAAGUGCUCUCGUAACAACCCAGAAGACUUGCUUGCAGAGUUUCCAGGGGGGCUCUGAGCAGAAAGGUGGCCUUGAUCCUGACCCUGCUGUUUCCAGGACUGUGAUGCCUUGUACAGCUUCCAGCUUUUUAAGAACUGGAAGUUUUAAUGGAAGAACUGAUGGCAAUAACUUUGCUGGCACUAGUCAAGGAGUUUCCCCGGCUUCCACGCUUCUAGUGAUCCCCGGUAGAAAAUUUGUCAGCAAAGUAUUGACAGAUUCCCGCUUCUUCUUGGUCUGCAUGUGCUUCCUGACGUUUAUUCAGUCUCUCAUGGUGUCUGGCUAUCUGAGCAGUGUGAUCACCACCAUUGAGAGGAGGUACAGUCUGAAAAGCUCUGAGUCUGGGCUACUGGUCAGCUGCUUUGAUAUUGGCAGCCUGAUGGUUGUGGUGUUCAUCAGUUACUUUGGGGGGCGAGGGCGAAGGCCACUCUGGCUUGCUGUAGGUGGGUUCUUUAUUGCUCUCGGUGCUGCCAUAUUUUCUUUACCUCAUUUCAUCUCUCCACCAUAUCAGAUCCAGGAACUGAACUCCUCUGUCUCUAAUGAUGGCUUGUGCAUCACUGGCAAUAUAACAGGCAAAGACCAAGUGGAGUCACCAGCCUGUGCAGAGGAUUCUGGGGGAAAUGACCACUCUCUCUAUGUAGCUUUAUUUAUUUGUGCCCAGAUUCUUAUUGGCAUGGGCUCCACACCCAUCUACACCUUAGGACCAACCUACUUGGAUGACAAUGUCAAGAAAGAAAACUCUUCACUCUACUUAGCCAUGAUGUAUGUAAUGGGAGCUCUUGGCCCUGCUGCAGGAUAUUUAUUAGGAGGAGUCCUUAUUGGGUUUUAUGUUGAUCCUAGAAGUACUGUUCAAAUCGACCAGAGUGACCCCCGAUUCAUUGGUAACUGGUGGAGUGGAUUCCUCCUUUGUGCCAUUGCCAUGCUCCUUGUGAUACUCCCAAUGUUUACCUUCCCAAAAAAACUUCCCCCUCGCCAUAAGAAAAAGAAGAAGAAAAAGAUGAAGAACUCUGAUAUUUCAAGCGAUGAUGAAAUUGUGAAAGAGAAGGCAAACAGCAAAAGCCAAGCAGACAAUGAAGUUCCUGCUUCACUGGAUUUUGGAAAGAAUGUUAAAGAGCUUCCAAGAGCAGCUGUCAGGAUCUUAAGCAACGUGACAUUCCUUUUUGUGAGUUUGUCAUACACAGCUGAGUGUGCCAUUGUUACUGCUUUCAUUACCUUCAUUCCCAAGUUCAUCGAGUCACAGUUUGGCAUCCCAGCUUCCAAUGCCAGCAUUUAUACUGGUGUGAUCAUUGUCCCAAGUGCUGGUGUUGGUAUUGUUAUUGGAGGGUACAUUAUUAAAAAACUCAAACUUGGUGCCAGAGAGUCUGCCAAACUGGCGAUGAUCUGCAGCGGUGUGUCCUUGCUGUGCUUUUCAACACUCUUCAUUGUUGGAUGUGAAAGUAUUAAUCUAGGCGGCAUUAAUAUACCAUACACCACAGGUCCAACUCUCACCAUGGCACAUAGGAAUCUAACUGGUAGCUGUAAUGUCAACUGUGGCUGCAAAAUCCAUGAAUAUGAACCUGUCUGUGGGUCAGAUGGAAUCACAUAUUUCAACCCUUGCCUGGCUGGCUGUACCAACAGUGGAAAUCAUACUGCAGGGGUAAGGAAUUACACAGAAUGUGCCUGUGUUCAAAGCCGACAAGUUAUCACACCACCUACGGUGGGACAGCGCAGCCAGCUAAGAGUGGUGAUUGUCAAAACGUAUCUCAAUGAGAAUGGUUACGCUGUGUCCGGAAAGUGCGACCGAACCUGCAAUACGCUUAUCCCAUUCCUUGUUUUCCUCUUCAUAGUUACGCUUAUCACAGCAUGUGCCCAGCCAUCUGCAAUCAUAGUAACACUCAGGUCAGUAGAUGAUGGUGAGCGGCCUUUUGCCCUCGGGAUGCAGUUUGUCUUGUUAAGAACCCUGGCAUACAUUCCAACACCAAUUUACUUUGGAGCAGUCAUUGACACGACCUGUAUGUUGUGGCAGCAGGAGUGUGGUGUACAAGGUUCAUGUUGGGAGUACGAUGUGACGUCAUUUCGCUUUGUCUAUUUUGGGCUGGCCGCUGGUCUCAAAUGCCUGGGAUUCUUGUUCAUUUCCCUUGCCUGGUACUCACUGAAGUAUAAAGAAGAGAAACUGCAAAGGCAUAGGUGGAGGGAUUCACCUAUCCACACAGUGAGCGAGUUGGUGGCUAACUCUUCAGCUCAACAAAACUGUGCAAGGACUAGAUCCUGCCCCACUUUCAGCUCUCGCGCUGAGCGUGUUGAAGAUCUUGCUCUGAGCAGUGGAAUGCACUAUUUAGCACAGACAUAUCCUGGACCCCUUUCAGAAGCAAUAAAUGUCGCUGUUGACAAGGCUGUGGAAGAAGCUGCCACUGCUGCAAUAUAGGCCAGUUUUGGCCACCUCAGCUUGCUGUGUGUAUGAUCUAUGUAUGGCGCCUUUUGAAACACCUGUGCCUUCUCUUUCCUCAUCUUAUUUGCAAAAGAUGAUAUUCCAACACAGCAUAAAGCACGAAGCUGUGAUUCAUCUGAGGGCUGGCUCCCUCAGACCAACCCCAGGUUGCUCUUUCUUCCCUUGGAAAUCUGAGUUUUGAGCUGUGUUCGUGAGGACUUCUGUUAUGCCUGCUAAAUCCUAACACGGUCAAAUGAAUUUUUACCAUGGCAACACCUCCUUAAUUGUGAAAGACUAAAGAUGACUGACAGCAAUGCAUUGGAGAUGUGAUAGUAAAAUGUAUCCAUGACUGGGGAGAUGUGAUUACUUUGUUUUCAAGCACAACUAAAACCUGUCUCUUAUCUAUGCAUUUCUGACUGGCUUUUUGUCUUGGGACUUCCCCCCCCCCCCAAAAAAAAAAUCUUUCAUUCAACUGAACUGGAAUAUGAGUCAUACCAUGUACAAUUAGCCUCCUUAUGUCAUUUAUCCUGCAGUUCUACUAGAAGCCAUACAGCAGUAUAUGUAUAUAGAGGAAAGGUCUGAAAUGUUCAAAUGUAAUAACUUUAGCCUCACAAUUUUCAUUUAACUUCAGUAUGCUCCAUUUUUGUUUCGCACUUGGUUAGUAACAAAUUAGCAUACCGGUUACAAAACUGUAAUGAUAAAGCAUGACAAACCAAUAUUUAAAGACAGGUUCAUUCUUUGCAUAUUCUUGCAACUAUUUAUGGAAUUAUUCCUCUACUCUUUUCACAUCAAUUCUUCAGGUCCCAAUUGAAAACAAACUUGGACGAGUGGCACCUCAAGGGGAAUCUGAGUAUUACAGUUUUUAGUAUGGUACAGACUUUCCUUUUUAUAAACACCUCAAAGGAAAAGUAUUGUUCAACUGAGCAAGGAUCCUCCUGAAACCACCAAGAAGCCAGCUAUUUCAUUAAAUUUGUUGUUUAAAUCCCAUUGCAUAAAAACAAUUUCUGACCCACGUUUAAGGGUGCAGUUUAGAGACCAUAUGUUUAUCAGUGAGAUCAUUCCCAGCUGGCCUACUUCUUUUGACCAUUGUAAGAUGGUUGCUUAGAAGUUCUACAGGUGCUAAAUUGUUGUUAGCUCUGCCAGCUGACUGGUAUCCUUCAGUAGUUGAGAAGGGGUUCCAUUGCAGUAUAGUUAGUUUUUCCUUCCUGCAGUUAAAGGGCUUCCAAAUGAAUUCAGUGCAGAGGGGGCUUCUGUGACUAUUUUCCGGAAGCAGCUUCUGGUGUCACUGGCCAUGCUGAUCCUGAAACUCAGGGGAUAUUCACAUGGUCUUUGAUAUAAGGUUGCUGUUAGGAAAAAAUAAAGUCUGUCUAGCAUACACAUUCGUUUAUGUAUACCCUUCAGUUUUUUUGGGUUGCAAUAGCCAGGAAUCUGUUCAGGGAAAAAUAUAUACCUGCAUACAGGAAGAAAAAUACUGUUUUGUUCUGUCUCAUAAUAUAGAAUGGAAGUACAUUAAACAGUGGAAACAGUCAGAACUCAAGGUUGCUUGGCAUCCUAUUCAGAAACUAAGAUUUUUGCUGCGAAGUGCAUAUGUAAUUGCAAAGAUCAAGUGAUUUACUGGCUGGGAAAAGCGCAGGGAGGAGAGAUGGGGGUGGAAAGUGAGCAAAAAAGGAAUUUACAGCGCUAGUUGGUGGUUGAAUGUCAGUUUUUUCAAGCCGUUGGUGCAGAGAGUCUGCAGUAGAUCUGCACCUGUUUGGAAACGUUCUAAACUGAGCCAUCCUAUUGCAAACCUACUAAUUUCAAACUUAUGAACCAAACAAGAACUGGGCUAAGACUUGUAUCUUUGAUUCAGGCCAUGUUUCUUGGACACGUCAGUCACUAUGAUUGCCAAAACUGCAGUGGGCCUUUAAUUGUAUCCCUUGGUCUGGUACUAAGUCACUGGUCCACUAACAGCAUCAUUUUCAGCUGUGGAAGAAGUACUCAAAACAGUCUUUUGGAGUAGCAAACAAUAUUUCAAAGUAUUGUUUUUUCCUGUACAUAAACAUUAAGUCUUAAUGUUUUGAUAUUGCAGUUAUGUACAUACAAUAUAUAGGGAAGUAGACAGCCAUAAGUAGUAACAUAGAUAAAUGUCUAUAACAGUAUAAAGAGCUAAUACUACUAUACAAGCCUAAUAUUGCCUCUGUUGUUUUUAAAAAGAUUCUUCUGCCUGUCUCCAGUCAAUUCAGCGUUAUCUUCUCCUUCACCAUUUGAAACUUUCUCCCAAGUUGCCUCAGUGUUAACAGUCUGAGCAUAUCUAUACAUUUAAAAACAUUGUGUAGUUCACAGAUUAAUAGUGCAUCUUAUUAAUAUCUUUAUACUCAGAUGCAUGGUUGUAAGUUGGAGGGUGAAAAGCCCAGCCAUUAGGAUUCUAGCCCCCUUCCCAUCCUUUAUGAGGUAGGGAAGGAAAAUGGUCUCUCCGCUGCAACACACUCAACUGAAUGCAUAACAUGUUAACAAACAUAAAGAUCGGUCUGUCUGGUGCUAAUAAAGUUUAUGCUUCCAAGGGCACAAGAACUGAUUUCAAUAACUGCAUGUUGUUACCUUAUAGCAUUCUAAUUGUUUUCUAACAAAAUAAAUAUCCAUAAUCAUUAGGCUGAGCACUGUUGCCCUGGAAGCUGGCCAUUUAGCUGCAUUAAAGCAAAAAUGAAACCAGUAGGCUUACCUGAAGUCCUGAUUUUGUUUAUAGCUCGGUCAAUCUGUGCGUUCCUGGCCCUUGCCAAAGCUGCAAGUGUAACAUAUUGCUUCAGAAUGUUAAUGAUUCCACUAUAUUGCUUUACAGCUCUGCUCAGCAAUGGAGACAGACAAGCCAUAUUCUUGGAAUUGUAAAAUUUAGAAGAUAAUUAGGUUGGCACAAAUCUUUUGUGCAGUGGACAGUUACUAAAUGUAUGCUUGAAACUUGCUGAAAAGAUGCAAUACUUCUGGGUGAAAUGAAAAAUUUUUUUACAGGGAUGAAUUAAAAGGAACUGUUCCAAGAAAUAUGCAAUUUUGAAUGUGUUACUUUGUUUUGCUGCUGCACACUCCCACUGAAGCAAGGCCACGUUGGCUUUUGACUUUGAAUAAAACAGCAGUAUCCUGUAUAUUAUUACCAAAAUGUGAUGCCUGAACAGGAAACAUUUUAGUAUUAAGGGCAAGCUAGUUAAAAAGGCUGUGUUGGUACGCGAGUGUAAACAAAGGGAAGGCAUUUGUAUCAAUUGUGCCUGUGAUUAAAAAAAACUCAUUUGGUGAACUUGUUUAAUGUAAAGUAGGUUGGUUUAGAUUUUUUAAAAUGAAUAGUUACUUCUCAGUGGAGCAACAUUUUCAAAAAUAAUAUUUUAAACUGCAAGAUAUUGCAAAACCAACAAUAUGUACAGGUUUUGUUCUGGAAAUGUAUUUGCAAGGGAACCCUUAAACACAUAAGAUUUUGAAAUAAAAAUGAGUUCUCAUUAA